UUUGUCCCCCGGUCCGUACCGCCGCCGCUGAGGCGAUGGAGCUGUGCCUGCAGGCGCUGCCCGGGGCCGCCCCCCCGCGGCGGGUCUCCCGCCAGAGGAAUAGGAUGGCUCAGUCCGAUUUGGAUCUAAAAGAGACGGCUCUGAAAGAAGAUUUGAAGUUUUACUUCAUGAACCCAUGUGAAAAAUACAGAGCAAGACGUCAGAUACCGUGGAAACUGGCUUUGCAGAUUCUGAAGAUACUGAUGGUUACUACACAGCUUAUUUUUUUUGGGUUGAGUAACCAGUUGGUGGUCUCAUUCAAAGAGGAAAACACCAUUGCUUUUAAACACCUAUUCCUGAAAGGCUAUUCUGGAGUUGAUGAAGAUGACUACAGCUGCAGUAUAUACACACAACAGGAUGCUUAUGAUAGCAUUUUUUAUGUUAUUAAUCAGUACAAGCAAUUAAAGAACAUAUCUCUGGGGACGCUCGGUUAUGACCAUGAAGGAUCAGGUUUAAAAAUCUGUAAACAACAGUACAAGAAAGGCACAAUGCUUCCUGCCAACGAUACGCUGAACAUAGAUGUUUCUACUGAAACAGAAUGUAUCUUUUUUAAGCCGCAGGAGCUAGCUGGUAAGAAGGCUGAACUGAAGCUGAACUCGUCUUUUUUCAAUCUUGAAUUUUACAGACUUAUACAGGUUGAAAUCUCCUUCAAGCUGAAAGGCAUCGCUCUCCAGACAAUCCAUGCCCGUGAACUGCCUGACUGCUAUGCGUUUCAAAAUACUAUAACUUUCAACAAUAGAGCCCAUAGUGGAAAAAUCAAAAUCUAUUUUGAUAGUGACACUGAUAUUCAAGAAUGUAAAGACUGGCACGUAUUUGGCUCUGUUCUUCAGAAAAACACUCAGUACAUUCUAGUCUUUGAUGGAUUCGUCAUUUUAAGUUGUGUGGCUUCUCUCAUCCUCUGCACACGAUCCAUUGUUCUUGCCUUGAGACUACAAAAAAGAUUUGUGAACUUCUUCUUGGAGAAAUAUAAGCGUCGCGUCUGUCAUGCUGAUCGCCUGGAGUUCAUAAAUGGAUGGUAUGUCCUGGUAAUCAUCAGUGAUGUGAUGACAAUCAUUGGGUCAAUCCUGAAAAUGGAAAUAAAAGCCAAGAACCUCACGAGUUAUGAUGUCUGCAGCAUUUUACUUGGAACAUCAACUUUGUUUGUCUGGGUCGGAGUCAUCAGAUACCUGGGAUAUUUUCAAACCUACAACGUGCUCAUUUUAACUAUGCAGGCAUCAUUGCCCAAAGUGCUGAGGUUUUGCUGUUGUGCUGGGAUGAUUUAUCUUGGCUAUACUUUCUGUGGUUGGAUUGUCCUGGGACCUUAUCAUGAAAAGUUUGAAGAUCUGAACACGGUGGCUGAGUGUCUGUUUUCUUUGGUCAACGGUGACGAUAUGUUCGCAACAUUUGCUCAAAUCCAGCAGAAGAGCACGCUGGUGUGGGUGUUCAGCCGGUUGUAUCUGUACUCCUUCAUUAGUCUGUUUAUAUACAUGAUCCUCAGCCUUUUUAUUGCCCUCAUUACUGACUCCUAUGACACAAUAAAGAAAUACCAACAAGGUGGAUUUCCAGUAACAGAUCUACAUGAAUUCCUAAAAGACCAUGGCAGUAUUGGUUACAGAAAAGAACGGACUUCCAUGCCAUUCAUCUGCUGCUGUCAGAGACAAGAGAGUGAUGACAACUUGAUUCUUAUCAAUUGAUGACACACGUUGAAAUCUGCCACUAAUAUAUGCAAGGAAAGCGUAGUUGAAUGGAGAAGAAGAAUUCUCCACGUCGCAAUGAAGCCCACUUUCUGGACCUGCCGCGCUGUGAACAGAGUGAUCUUGCCUAAUUAAAGUGUUGUAGGAGGAGGAGCUGCUAAUGUGACAUCAGCUGGCUGACCAAGAGGACAGCCCAGAAGCUGCGUCUGGAGGGAUGGCUGAGAAGAACUCUGUAUUCUUGCCACAAGCUCCGGUCCUGGAGCAGUGUCCACGGGAGCUCUGUUUGCAAAUCACUUCUAGGAGGAAAAAAAGUGGCCCUGAGCCAACAGUUGUUAUUAAUAAGAAAAAGAUAUCCAUGACAAUAAUGUUUUAAAAUAAUUCCUUGUUAAAAAGUAUUAAAACAUAUUCGAGGAGAAAGGAAGGAACUUUUCACUUGAAGUGAUGCAUCCAGCAUUGGGACUGUAAUUUCUACUUGGCACAAUUUGUUCCUUUGAAAUAAAUUAAUGUAAACCCCAGUGCUGCACAGAAGUGCAAAUUAAUUGCUGUUAUCCCUCUUGUAUAUCAUUUUAACACAAAGCAUUUAUAGAUCACAAUCUUCUCUUUACCAGCUUUGCCAAAACCAAAAGUGGUUUGUUGGUUUUUUGGGCUUUCAGUCUUUUAUAUCCCCAAUAUUUGAUGUGUAUUGUGUCUAAAUUAAACUCAUGCUUCCUUUUGCAUGGUUGGGGAUCUAGGUAGCAAGCAGCAUGCGAUGGAUGAUGGAAAGAUGAUUGCUUUUUUUUUAAGUAUUGCACUGUUGUGUUGCCAUAACCUAGAGGACAAAUUCAGGCAUUAAUGAUGCCCUCUUCUGAGGUCUGGUGCCUCACUUCCCUAAAGCAGGUGAGGUCCAUCGCGUUCCUUUGGCCCAGUGACCCACGGUGCAGGAGCCCCUAAGCUCUGACUCAAAGCUUCUUUCCAGUUUAGUAGGACAUUGAGUGUGAACUAGUAAAGCCACUGAUCGAUUGAUAAAUCAUUGAUAAAUACCUGUUUGUGAGAGAAUCCUCAACGAAUGAGGGAAAGUGUUAUCAACCAAAGGAAUGUAGAAAAUACUGAUAAUUUGUACUGAUUUUGUGACUUCAUUUUUAUAAUAGAACCACAAAGCUUUCUUGCCUAGUAUUGAUUUUUGGUUUUAAAUCAUACGUGCUUCUUGCUC